AUGAGCAACGCUAGAAAUUUAGAAACUUCUGCUCCAGGAUAUAAUCCAUACAAAGGGGACAGUAGUGAUAGAAAUGGUGAUAAUAGACUUAUUUCUGAAUACGAAGCAAAUAGAGAAAGUUUUACAACAGACAUUUCUAGUUCUCCCGGAAAUAUAUUAUAUCCUGAAGAAGUUGCCCUUCAUAGGUACACUUCAACUAGGAAAGCAGAACCAAGCCCUAUUAGAAAACUUGCAAGAGGUGAUUCCGUAAAGCAAAUACCAAAACUUGAUAAGUUUGAUCCCACUUAUGGUUUUAAUUCAAGUGUAACUGUCAAAAAACCUGUUACUACUGCUGAAAAAUUUCAAUCAUGGAUGAUUAAUGAAGGUAACUUUAUUAUAUGUUAA